CUCUCUCUCUCUCUCUCUCUCUCUCUCACUCCCGCAGCUCGCCAUCCUCAGAUGACGAAGCGGCAGCAACAUUGUCGUGUACCCAUCAUCAUCAUCCGGUCUUCCAAAUCCAAAUGAUACCAAUUUCCCACUUUGCUUCGCUCUUACUCUCCUGUCGUUGCUCUCAGUCCUGCUUGCUGCAGUUUCCAGUUUUCACACGCGUCCUCUCUAUUGUCUUGAAGUCAAGACAGAGAAACAAGCCUCACUGACGACGACCCAUUUGCGAGAGAGCCGAAAUGGAAGCUGGGUCGAGCUCCAAAAAUGCCGGCAAGGCGGAAGCGAAGGUGGGUGGCAAGAGACUGGGCUCCAUGUUCGCCAAGAUCGAUCCUUUCGUUCCGAGAACCGACCACCACAACCCCAGAGAGCUGAGAUCUUGGGCUAAACGAACCGGGUUCGUCUCGACCUUCUCCGGAGAAACUAAUGUCAGCUCGAGGGAGAAGUUCGGUAGCGGCGGGUUUGAUCUGGAGCGGGAUGCUGACGGGAGAGGUGGAGGGUCUUCUUCGCCGAAGAUAGAGAUCGAUCCGGUUCUCGGCAGGACUAGACCGAACAGGGAAGCCGAAAUCGAACCCGCUUCGGUUGCUGGGAAUGGAGCGAGCAGAGAGGGAAACGGCGGCGCCUUGGGGGCUAGAAAUGGGCAAUUGAGGGUCGAGAAUCAGAAGGUGAGGGUGGCGGAUGAGGCGAGUUUGAGGGACAAGGAGGAUGGGAGGAAAGUCGGUGUGAAUGGAAAUGGGAAUCUCGGGGGAGGUAAUGAUAGGAAUGAGAAUUCGAAUCCUAACAAUGGGAAUGGGCGUGGAGCUGGGGCGGUUGUUCCGGGCACGGAGACGGAUAAAGAUGAUAGAAAGGAAGAAGGAGAUGUGGGGAUCGAUGUCUAUCCGGACGGCGAAGAGCCGGAGAAUGGGUGGUGGAGCAGGUCGCCAGAAAUGAUGUUGGGUUUAAGAGAUAAUCCGGGCUUCGUACCAAUUAUUUACUACAGUUUGCAGCACUAUUUGUCACUGGCUGGUUCACUUAUAUUCAUCCCCUUGAUCAUGGUCCCAAACAUGGGAGGAUCCGAUAAGGAUACUGCGACUGUAAUUUCCACAAUGCUAUUGGUGUCUGGCAUUACUACGCUGCUGAACUCUUACUUUGGUACCCGUCUUCCAUUAGUUCAAGGGAGCUCAUUCGUAUUUUUGGCGCCAGCUUUAGUAAUAAUGAAUUCACGGGAAUAUCGCAAUCUCACUGAACAUAGGUUUAGGCAUAUAAUGAGGGAAUUGCAAGGGGCUAUAAUCGUUGGUUCAAUUUUCCAAAGCUUUCUAGGGCUUACGGGUUUAAUGUCUCUAUUAAUCAGGCUGAUAAACCCUGUGGUGGUUGCACCAACUGUUGCUGCAGUUGGUUUAGCAUUUUUCAGCUAUGGUUUUCCUCAGGCUGGUAGCUGUGUGGAGAUCAGCGCUCCGCUGAUACUAUUGGUUCUUAUAUUCUCAUUGUAUCUUCGAGGGAUCUCCAUCUUUGGGCAUAGAUUGUUCCGAAUAUAUGCGGUUCCAUUCAGCGUGAUGAUUAUAUGGGCAUAUGCAUUCUUCUUGACAGCCGGUGGGGCAUAUGAUUACAAAGGCUGCAGUCCCGAGAUACCCAGUUCGAACAUAUUGGUUGAUUCGUGCAGAAAGCAUGCGUACAGUAUGAAGCAUUGUAGAACCGAUGUCUCAAAUGCAAUGAGAACUGCUGCUUGGGUCAGAAUUCCAUACCCUAUGCAGUGGGGUAUACCUAUAUUCCAUUUAAGGACUUCCAUGAUCAUGAUCGUUGUGUCAUUGGUCGCAUCUGUGGAUUCGAUUGGAACAUAUCACUCUGCAUCAGCGUUAGUCAAUUUGAAGCCUCCCAGUCCUGGAAUUGUUAGCAGAGGAAUCGCACUGGAGGGUUUCUGCAGUCUACUGGCAGGACUUUGGGGUUCCGCUACUGGGUCGACAACAUUGACCGAGAACCUUCAUACAAUAAGAAUCACAAAGGUGGCCAAUCGGAGGGUGGUAGAAGUUGGUGCCGUUUUCCUGAUUUUCUUCUCAUUUAUAGGAAAGGUGGGUGCAAUCCUUGCUUCUAUACCUCAAGCCCUGGCUGCUUCUAUACUGUGCUUCAUAUGGGCGCUUAUCGUGGCGCUGGGCCUCUCCACGUUGCAAUAUACUCAGACAUCAAGCUUUAGAAACAUGAUAAUAGUUGGUGUCUCACUAUUUCUUGGUUUGUCUAUACCCGCUUAUUUUCAACAAUACCAACCGAAUUCGAGCUUGAUGUUGCCUGGUUACUUAAUACCUUAUGCUGCAGCAUCAGAUGGUCCGGUCCACAGUGGCAGUUCUCAACUUGAUUUCACAAUAAAUGCGCUCAUGUCGUUGAAUAUGGUCGUGACUCUAUUGGUGGCGAUAGUGUUGGACACCACAGUUCCAGGCAAUCGGCAAGAGCGUGGGGUAUAUAUAUGGACACAACGGGAUGAUGUAGUGGCAGAUCCAACUUCGCUUGCUGAUUACUCCCUUCCUAGAAAAGUUGCCCGGAUCUUCUGCUGCUCAAGGUGUUUGAAUGCCUAAAAUUGGACAGAUGAUGGCUUGUGUGCUGCAAGAUUUCUUGUAUAGUACUUUUUAAGGAGCCUUGAAAAAUGGAGCGCUCUAAUUCUUGGAGACGAUACAGCUGAUUGUGAAGAAACCCUUUGAUGGUAAGCUCUUGCUUGCAAACUAAAAACUUGGUUAUACCAUAGAUAGAGUUGUGAUGUUUUACCUUAGAAGUCAAUUGUAUGGUUUUGGAACUAGAGAAAGAAUAUUCUUUUGCAUUGUGCAUUUUGUAGACCAUUCCAUUUAAUCUGGUCUUUAGGAAAAGGAUAGAUUUAUCCAGAUGACUAGCCGAAAGCCUCCAGAUUGCCUCAAAUACCACCUCAUGAUGUAACUCUCAGCAUAUACCUAUUUGUACUUGAACCUAACUAUUAAGUAAACACGUGUAUUAGUCCCA